AUGGUCACCGCCGAGCCAGAAUUACGAAAAAUCCAACUUAAACGUAUUUCUCAUGUCUACUAUACACAUGCCGCAAGCUCCAUCGCCAAGCAGAAGGAGUUUCUCGCUGAUUUCGGCCUCUUCGAAUGCACGUCUCCCUCUCCCAGCGCCGACAAGACCUACUAUCGCGGCUAUGGCAUCGAUCCUUGGGUAUACUGCUUAAGCUCCGGCGAAGAGAACAAAUUCGGGGGUGCGGGCUUUGUUGUCGAGAGCCUGGACGAUUUAGAGUAUGCUGCAAAGACGCUGCCAGAAGCAACGCCUAUUUAUGACUUGAAAGAUUCCCCAGGCGGGGGGAAAGGUUUGACGUUCAAGGAUCCGGUAGAUGGGUUCCCAAUGCAUUUGGUGUGGGGUCAGGAGGAGAGGACCCCGGAUUCAGAUGAGCAACUUUCAUUUCCAAAGUUAGAUUUCAAUUUCCCUCGGGUGAAGACGAGAGCAGCAAAUAAAUUCCAACGAUUUGAGAAGAGACCGGCUCCAGUCCACAAACUUGGCCAUUUUGGAAUGGUAGUGACAAACUUUGCCAAGACAUACGAGUUCUAUCAAUCCCGUUUCAAUCUCAUAGCUAGCGAUCUCCUUCAUACUCCCACGGGCCACAAUGUCACAGCCUUUAACCGCAUUGAUCGAGGCCCUGAUACCCUUGUCGACCACCACACUUUCUUCUUCUUCGAAGGGCCCGCUAGCCACGUACACCACGCUUCCUUCGAAACACACGACUUUGACACUCAAGUACUCGGCCAUGACUGGUUGCGCCAUAAAGAGUAUGAGAUAUGCUGGGGUGUGGGAAGACAUAUCAUGGGGAGUCAAAUCUUCGACUACUGGUUUGACCCGUCGAAAUUCAUCCUGGAGCACUAUGUUGAUGGCGACCUGAUGAACAACAAAGUACCGACUAACGUUGGUGUGGCAAGCCAUGAUGAUUUGGCCGUGUGGGGUGAGUAG